UUAAUCCCCCUGGCGGUAUUCCCGAUUGUAGCUCAGGGUAAAGUUUCAGCACCACAAGCGGUAACCCCGAGCUACACUCGGGAAUACAAUGCAGCGCUGCUCCGGGAUCCCUCGGUCACUUACCUUGUCCUGCGCUCCCACGAUGUCCCUCCUGCAGUGUCCCCGCCAAUGUACUCAGACGGAUGCCAGCAUCUGUCAUCUGGGUUCCGUCCCCUGCGAGCCUCGAGACGUAUGGGGGAUGGAAAGGCGGGACAUUUGAAAAUGACAAAAAGUGACAUUCACUCAAUACACUAAAAUCACAUAGUAUAACAUUCCUGUAUCAACCCAUGUCACAUACAU